AUGGCGCCAAUCGAAUUGACUAACUUGUCCAGCAACUGGAAGUUGUUGCAGCAGAGGCUGCAGGCUGGAAAAUCCGCCGCAUCCGCCAAAGUACAGACGGGAGACGCAGAGGAGGCUUCGCUGAAGCGCAAAAGAUCUGCGAAGAGCAACUCAGAGCAUGCGUCUAGGUCUACGGACGCAUCCGUGAAGAAGAUACCGUACAAGCAGCGGAAACGGCAGAAGAUGGAAGAACCAGCGGCAGUAGGCGCCUCGAUAAAACAGCAUGACCCAAAGUCGCUGUCGCGCAGCGUGUCGAUGCCCUCGCUCAAGCAUUCUACACUCCUCGCCUCCUCGAAACGAGCGGCCGAAUCCAUUUCCGUCUUGACCCCUUCCGCCGACUUCCCCGACAUCGAAAAUGGGGGCGUCUCUGAGGGCGCCCUACCUGCCAAGUACAUUGCGCUGGAUUGUGAGAUGGUGGGAAUAGGCCCAGAACCCAACAAGGACUCUGCGCUGGCAAGAGUAUCAGUGGUGAAUUACCACGGCCACCAGAUCUACGAUUCGUACGUGCAAAUUCCGGACAAGGUGACUGUCACCGAUUACCGUACCGAUGUGUCUGGCAUCGAGCCAAAGCAUCUUCGGAAGGACGUUGCGCGACCAUUCAAGGAAGUCCAGGACGAUCUGAAGAUCCUCCUCGAAGGGCGUGUUCUCGUCGGUCACGCUGUGAAGAACGAUUUGGACGUGCUCAUACUUAAGCACGAUAAGCGUUACAUACGAGACACUUCGAAGUACUCUAAAUUCCGUGAAAUCGCGCAGAUACCCGGCCGAACACCGUCGCUAAAGAUACUGGCUGAGAAGCUGCUGGGUGUCGAGAUACAGGUCGGGGCGCACAGCUCGGUCGAGGAUGCAAGGGCAACCAUGGCACUGUUCCGCUUGGAGAAGGAUGGUUUUGACGCGGAAGUGCGGGAGAGGUACGGACAUAUCAAGGUUGGCGCUACGGGCGCUGAAGUUGAUGUGGGUGGUGGUGAGCCUACAAAGCGCAAGAACAAGCCCAGGAAGAAAAAGAAGAAGAGAAACUAG